UCGAUUUUGCAGUACGGGAAGGAUCUGACAUACAUAUAUACUAUUUUUUAGGAAUUUUUUCGUCGUCUUCAAUUAUAAGCGGGGAGUACUGUACAACCAUUUUUAAAAGUGCAUACCUAUCUGGUUAGGUUAUACGUACCGAUUAUGCAAUUUCAAGUUCCUUAUUGGCGUUUUCUUACUUAUCACAUUCCAUUUAUAUGCGCUCUCUUCCCAACUGCUUCUCUUUUGGAUCACUUGUAUUUGUUGUGCUGUCCGUUAGCGCUUGGAAAAUUACACAAGCCUCACACUUAAUGACAAACAUGUUCCCAAGAAAAUAAAAAUAAAGCAUAAAAAGAUAAUUGUAGAUUGCAUACAUAUGUUUCGCUGAUAAAACUUUUCAUGGAAAUGCAUAUUUACUUUUAUUUCCAAUUAAUUAUCUCAUUUCAAGUGUGUCUAAGUCAUGUGCGCCCUGAUGCCGCCAAUGUGGUGCCCUUUGCACCCGCAACUCCACCAAAAGCGUCGAAAUGUGCGCAACACAAAUCUGCGUCAACUGUUCCAAAAAAUGCUUUGCAAUUUCGUUUGCCUUUCAUGGAUAUGAAUAUACAAAACGAACGCAAUUUGCAUAUAAUGCAAGAAAGUUCAAAGCAACAACUUUUCAUACUACAUGGCAAUGAGUUGUACGUGCUGAUCGUGAGUGGCGAGGAAAAGCGUGUUUCCUUGGUUGGCAUGCUGGCUGGCGGUGUGCGGCAACAUGAACCGAUCGGCGCCGAGGUGAUCGCUUGGCGCAAUUAUUUGUUGCUUGUGAUAGCUUUGGAAGAAUAUUUGGAGAUUUAUCAGCUGAAUGCCGUGGUAUUGGCGCAAAAUGCUGAAGCGGCGAAGCUGGGUCAAGUUGUGAGCGAUACUACAACCAAUUUCGAACCCAUACAACAGCUAACUAUAAAUGGUAGAUUUCGUAAACUAUUCCUCUUCAAUGUCGCCGAGGGCCAAAUCAUGCUUUUAACGGCCGUGAAUUAUACAAAACUACAAUCGAAGUUACGUACAUUUGUGUGGUCGAAUACAUUCUUUGAGUUGGUGGAAGAUCUUACAAUACCCGCUGUACACGUGUUGGAAAUCGUUGGUACGACACCGAAAUUUUUGUUAAGUGGACGUCUUAUAAAGCACCAAGGCCGGACCAUAGUCGUUGUUUACGAAGUGGACGCCAACGAUUUACAUUUACGCAAUCGUCAAACACUUACGGUGCCCUCGAGCACCAUACAUGCUUAUACUUUUCGCGGACGGAAUUAUCUGAUUGGUUGUGCGGCACAACAACAGAAAUGCAAUACAUUUUGGAUGAAGCGCGAUGAGUUACAAUUCUCAUUAUACCGGCAAUUUAAUGGUAAAGAACUGGCUUUCGAACGCUUUCGUGCGGGUCAACAUUUUUUGGUGGGCACAUAUCAGCGAGCGGUGAAUAUUUAUCCAACCGCGCGUAUGGACUGCUAUGCGAGCUAUACGGCUAAGGAAAGCGAAGUCAGUGAAAUAAUCGCACAUGUCAGUCAGCUGAAUGAAUCAUAUGUGCUGCUCAGUUAUCGGCGUCCGUUCAACACUUUGUUGCGCAUUUUCGAAGUUGAAGCGGCGGAUGGACAACGAUUGGGUGCGCCGGCGGCUUUGAAUGAAACAAUGCUUGAAGAUUUAAAUGCGUUACAACAACAUCGUCACCUAUUCGAAGGAACCAUACAGCGGCUUCGCAGCUUAUUGUUGCAACGAAAGACCGCUAUGGAUACUUUUCGCAAAGCCGCGCUUAUUCUACGUCCUAAAAUUAAAACUUUGAAGGCACCCCAUCCUGUACGUCUACAUGCUGGUAAUAUAGGCAUCGUAAAAAUUGUCGGUGCCUCACUGCAGAGUCCAGUGCAAUUGUUAAGGCGUGUGGCAGAGUUACGUGCGCCUCAACGUAGUGCGCGUUUUAUGCGUGCCACAUACCAAAAGCCUGCUUUUGUGCUUGAUAUGCCACGUGUGGCACGGAUUCGCCGACUACACGUGGGUAAUCUUGUGUACAAUGGUUCGCUACUACCGGGUUUCCACUUGGAUAAUACUUCAAGUGCUCGACAGCCAAUACUCUCCAUACGCUCUGCUAUACGUACCAAAGUCCUCAGCACAUCGCAGUUACUAACGCGGCAAUCCUUUCGAAAUGCACGUGAAAAUACUGAAAGAUCUCACAAUGCGCCACUUAGGGUUGGCGAUCUAAUCGCGGAGCGCAUCAACAAUGUGUCGGUAACUGAAUUUUUGAACUCCUUAUUUUUACGUAAUCGCGACCGUAAACUGAAAGGUGGUCUCAAACUGUAUGCUGAAACGAAAGUGGACUCACUAUGGACACCGUUACUAAAUGAUUUAGUAGUGGCGCAAAUUUUCAACCUGAAAGAACCACAGAUUGUGAGCACGAAAAUCAAGAUAGAGUCCAUGGAUGUAAAAGACAUGCAGGUGGAUUUGGUGAAUGGCUUGAAUUUAAUCGAGGAUGUAGCUUUCAGUGGCCGUGAUGACUUAAUUGAAGGCCCAGUUGAAAUUAAACAAAUGAACAUUGCCGGUGAUCUGUUAGUGGAUUACCAACCGAAAGUGGAGCGUACCAACGAUGAUAUGGACUCACAAUUUCGACAGUUCUACACAGGCAAAGUUAUCAUUAACGGUACUUUAGUGAUCGAUAAUUUAGAACUUGAUAACGACAUGGCAACUGGAGUAUUUGUGAGUGGUAAAUCGUUUGCUAGAUCGAUCUUGGGAGAUACUUACUUGUUACAAAAUACACCACAGGAUAUAGGCACAGCUGUCCAUUUCGAAAAUGCCAAAGUAACCACACCCAAGCUGACAACGAAUUGGUUAAAUGAUCAUCCUACCACACAACAUUUACUAACCACUGGUCACCAAAUGCACGAAACACCGCUUUUACUCAUAUUUAUGCAAGCCAAAGUUGAUGGUGACGUUAUAUGUAAGGCAUAUAAAUCGAAGUUACUGGAGUUAUCCGAGGAUGUUGUACGUCAGGGUGACACUACAAAUAUAACCGGGCUCAAAAUAUUCGAGGCACCACUCAUCGUAGAGCACUUAACAGCAGCGAAGUUAAAUGAUUUGCACGCAAGUGACUUGGUGCUGAAGUCACAACUAAAGAAUGCAUAUCACUUUCACGGCAACAAAUCUUUCGAUAAAUUGGUGGUUACUAAAGACGCAUACGUAGACCAGGCUUUAAAUUAUACCUAUUUGAAUGAGUUAAAUGUAAAUGCACCAUUGAAACGUGAUCACUUCUUCAAGUAUCUGCAUCUGCCGUAUCACCUACAAACAACUAACAUCGUCUUACAUAAGAUCAAUGGUAUCUCCUUCGAUAAGAUCUUCGACAGAUUGUCCGUGGAGCAUGAGAAGUUAGUGCUGCAUAAAGAUUUGCUAGUCAAGGGAAAUGUGGCAUUCUUAGAGAAUUUGCAGGUGGACACCAUAAAUGACAUAACAUGGACAGACUACGUAUCGGAUUUGGUGCGUAUAAAUGAGAAUGCCGUAAUAAAUGGUUCCACAAUAUUCAUGCAAGGACUAACCGUGCAAAAGACGCUGAAAACGCCUACAAUAAAUAAUAUUGACAUGCUUGAGGUCUUCAGCAAUGUGCUCUUAAAGUCCAAACCUCAACAAAUAACCGGAAAUUACACUUUCGGCAAUUUACGUUUAACAAAUCUGGAUGUAGAUACCAUAAAUGAUGUGUCCACAAAGACAUUUAUCGAUACGCGCAACGAAGCGCUUACCUUGAGUGGUGAUCUCAUUUUACCAAAGCUCACGGUGCAAGGCGAUGUAAAUGGUAAAUUUGAGAAUUCGUUCCGUUACGCUACUCUGAAUGAGCAAUUGCAGCAGCUAUCGCAUAGACGUUGGCGCAAUUUAGUCGUGCAUGGUAAUGCGUAUUGGAAUGAGUCUUCCACCAGCAGCACGAAACAAUACGAAGAGUUGCAAUAUCUCUACAGGCAUGCGGUGAGACGCAGCGCUGAUCAAAUCAUCUCGGGUACUGUCUAUAUGACACAACCGUUAAUAAGUAGAAUGCGUACGCGCAACACAUUUCCCAAAGGUGUGGAUCUAAACUACAUAGCACGCGAUUGUCUAUUAAAAUAUACCACGUCGCCGCAGACGAUAACCAGUGGCAAGUUGUUCCAUAAGCCGUUGCGUUUACAGCGCGCUGUGGUCAACGGCCCACUGCGUAUUAGCACGCUGAAUACAAUCGAUGUGCCACGUUUUCAUGCGUCCCUAUAUCGCAUCUCAAGUGAUAUGCCGAUUGAGGGUCCAUUGCAUUUCAAAAUACCACCCAUCGUCGGACAAUUGCUGGUACAGGGUCUGGUUAAUGGCAUGCCCACUGCGCAAAUAUAUACUACUUCGCAUGGUUUGAUGCCACCGGUAAAAAUGUAUAGCUUGGUGGUGGAUGAAGACUUAGAAAUCGGUGAUGUGAACGAUAUGAGUCUCGACUAUUUGCUGUCCAAUCGCAUAAAGUUGCACGGCGAACCGCAGGAUGUGCAAGGCUUUUUGGUGUUUGAAAACCUUAUUUUGAAUAACGAAACGCUGCUGCAGUCCAUUAAUGGUAUACCAAUCGAUGAUAUGGUGUUUAGAAAAAGCGGUCACGUGCAAGUGAUUGAUGGCCCAAAGGAGAUCGCUGGCGAUCUUAUACUCAACGGACCCACGCAUGUUUUAAACUUGAAUGGUGCACGUUUGAUAGAUAUGUAUAAACAGAGCAUUCUCACUAUGGCGAAUUAUCAUUUCGAUAAUCUCACCAUUGAUGAGGGCACAUUUGUAAAGGGUUUGGUGCUCGUUGGCAACAUGCCGUUGAAAACUAAAGGUAGAACCAUGCAAGCUGAUGACACAAGUGAAAAACUUGAAGACAUGUCGCAAGUAGAAGCAGAACUAGAAGACCUGAUUGAGUUGGAAGAUACUGCGGCCUACCGCGAAGAAUUAACCGAUGUCGUAAACGAGUUGGCCAAACUGCUGAGCGCACAGAAUGCCAGUUUGACUACUAACCACAACAACCAGAGUAGCCAGCAGCAUUUGCUUUAUCUGGAUUUCGAUUUUAGCACUGAAGUGCUGCGACAAUAUGCCAACGAAAGUGUGGAUGAGACCUUACUAUUCGAUCUGCAGCACAUAACUAUGUGCGAGCAUCGCAUGCUACAGCUGCAGUACUCUGCCGAGAGUCGUCGGCUGUUCAUCACCAAUGUGACAAUGAGCUCUUUAACGGCACGUACGGACACGAUUUGGGUGAAGGCGCAAAACUAUUGCGGCGAUCGCUACAAGAAAGUGAAGAGUAAAGUUACGGUGAACGGGCGUAAAGUGGCGAACAUUUUCGGCAUGAAAAAGUUCAUCGAGAGCUUAGAAUUAUUUGUGAGCGCCAAGCAAAACACUUUUCUACUGCUGCAUGCCAUCGAUGAGACACGCAAUCGCAAUGAGGUGCGCAUGUUGCGCAUCAACGAUGAACGCAACGAUAUCGCCGAUUGGCAGACGAUACCGUUUGGUGUGGGCAAGUCAAUGCGGCUCUUCAAAUUCGAAAAUUUGACGGUAUUAAUUAGUAAUGCGCUCGUGAAUAAUCAACAUGCUGUCAGCAUUUAUCAUUUCCACUCCGCAACAGAGCACUUCAAGCUCGCGCAGGUCAUUGACGGUCCAUUUGAUGUGUUGGAAAUGGUUGCGGUGCAGCCACAACGCUAUCAAUUGCUGCUCAGCUGCCACAAAUGUCAUAACAUCAACGUUUAUGAAUUGACUGGCACAACUGUGAGCUCGUAUAAACUAAUGCAAAUUAUUAAAUUGCCGAUGCGCAUCGAUAAAUUGCACGCAUUCACCAUGGGGGAUGGUGAAUUAUACCUCUUGAGUUUGGGCGAGCAGCAGCAGGAUUUCUAUCAUCUGCACAGAUAUGCCUACAUACAGGGUUGGGUGCACAGCACUUUCGGCUAUUUCCGUAACAUACAGUUGGCGGUGCCGUUGAGUGGCGCGCUCUCCUCAGCAAACGCUAAUGAUUUGUUGCUAUUGUUGUGCGGUGGCGUUGAAACCGAUAGAUGCAGUGUAGUGCGUGCAUUUAAACAGUAAUCCAAAUAAUUUGUUAAUGUUUUUCUUUAUUUAAAUUAUGAAAUUAUUUUAAUUUUUUUUUGUAAAUAUGUAUGUAUGUAAAUGUUAAGCUAAUAUUUUUGAAUGUUUACCAGUUAAAUAGAAUUUUUUGU